UUCUUCACGAUUUUUCCACAUUUGCCUGUGUGUUGCACCAUUUUUCCAAGCUUAACACAGUGGAAAAUUGAAGAAAAUUCGAGGAAUAACAAUUGGCGGAGCCUUAAAAAGCAACAAUAACGUAAUUAAGUCGAGAAAUGGCUGCCAAUUUCUUCAAUAGGUUGGGACAAAUUGGUUUGGGAGUUGCACUCACUGGCAGUGUUGUGAAUUCUGCUCUUUAUAACGUGGAUGGCGGCCACAGAGCGGUGAUCUUCGACAGGUUCCAAGGAAUAAAGCCUAACGUAGUGGGUGAAGGGACUCAUUUCUUUAUCCCUUGGAUCCAGAGACCCAUAAUCUUCGACAUUCGCUCACAGCCGAGAAAUGUUCCCGUAAUAACUGGCAGUAAAGAUCUACAGAAUGUCAACAUCACCUUACGUAUUCUCUUCAGACCAGUGCCAGAGUCGUUACCGAGGAUCUACACAAUUCUCGGUGUUGACUACGACGAGCGUGUUUUACCCUCGAUCACUACUGAAGUUUUGAAGGCUGUUGUUGCACAAUUCGACGCUGGAGAACUCAUAACACAGCGUGAGGUGGUCUCGCAAAAGGUCAGCGAGGAUUUGACUGAAAGAGCUGCACAAUUCGGUGUCAUUCUCGACGAUAUUUCCAUUACUCACUUGACAUUUGGCAAAGAAUUCACUCAAGCUGUCGAGUUGAAACAAGUAGCCCAGCAGGACGCAGAGAAGGCUCGUUUCCUGGUAGAAAGAGCUGAACAGCAGAAGAAGGCAGCGAUUAUCAGUGCGGAGGGUGACGCAACUGCUGCAAGUAUGUUGGCGAAGGCCCUGGGAGAAGCUGGAGAUGGUUUAGUCGAGUUGAGAAGAAUCGAAGCGGCCGAAGAUAUUGCUUAUCAACUAGCUCGCUCUCGACAGGUGUCCUAUCUUCCAUCUGGCCCGGGUCUCCUUCUUAACGUUCCUCAGUAAAACAUCUCCGAUUUUUAUUUCAAAAAUUGACCGAGAAAUAUUCACAAGCAGGAAGCGACAAAAAUGGUGUAAAAACGGAAUAUAUUGUUCCAAUUAUUGUAAAAAAAAAACAGAGGCAUUUUGUAGUAAAGGUAUGAAUACUUCCUUUUUCCUGUUAAUUUAGACGACCCUCGAAAGUUGAAAGGAAGGAUUAAAGAUUCUUUUUCUUAUUUUUAAUUAAUGUUGGUUUUUUUUUGUGGAGUAAAUGGUAGAUAUUAUUAAUUCUUCGAGUUUAUGGCGAAACAAGUUUAUGGGUUUUUCCAAUUUUCUGUCAAUAAAUUGGGAAUUAUCAGGAUUCUUCGUGAGUGUUAUUCAACCACUGCCACUCGAUGUCAUUACCUUGAAACAUGAUGAAUAA